UGUGACACUUCAUCACUGAGGUAAUGGAUGGCAUGGGAGAUCCAGCUUCAUUGCCACCCUGAGCUGUUGUUUUGGGGUUACGGGGUAAGAACACAGGUGUUCUCGUACUGGAUCAGACUGUGCUGGCCUAGUGUUAGGCUGUCGCCCUCCCAAUGAAAGGUGAUUCUCCCCCUCAAAGGAUUAUUAUGGCCAGUUGUGCUAUGUUAUACAUUGCUAUAUUAUCCUGAGCCCUGCCAGAGACCACUGUACCCUGAAACAUGAUCGUUACCCUUAGCUUUCUUAGUUGCAGAUGUUAACUAUGGUCAUAAAGUUACCCAGACCUUUUAAAAAUCCAUUCUCAGCAGAUCUCCAGGAGCAGCAAAUUCCACACAUAGACCUUUUGCUGUGCGAACACUCCAAGCAUCACAGUCACAGUGAAUUCCAAGGUGGGGGGUGGGGGUGGGGGAGAACUAAUGAAUUCCAAGGAUGCUCUGAAUUAUCCCAGUUACACCCAGCUGAUGCAUCAGCUAAGGAUCCCCUUACGUCAGGCAGCUUUCUGGCUGCGGCAGGGGCUAUGGGAGAUUCAUCCCUAAGGCAUCAGGUUCUGCACAGACAUGUGGAAACUCUUCCCAAUGGCAAUACUGGCAGCCAGCAUUUUGACCAUGAUCCACAGCAGCCUCCUCAAUUUCAAAUUCAUGAUCCGGAGAAUUACUAGGAAAAGUGCCUUAAUUUCCUAUAAUGGGUAUGGAUGCCACUGUGGACUCGGUGGGAGAGGGCAGCCUCUGGAUAAGACAGACUGGUGCUGUCAUGCCCAUGACUGCUGCUAUAAGGAGUUAACCAACCAGAGCUGUCACCCAUUUUUCGAUCAUUAUCGAUACUCCAUCAUCAACAAAGAUGUUAUAUGCUGGAACACAAAUAAUGCCACCUGUGCAAAGCGAGCAUGUGAAUGUGACCGGACAGCGGUCCUGUGUUUCAGAAAGGAAGCAAGCAGCUAUCACAAAGGAUACCGCUAUUACUUCAAUUUCUUCUGCAAAGGAACUACCCCCAGUUGCUAA